AUGGACACCAAAAUUGUCCUUGAUUCCGCCUUGAUCGCCAGCUCGAAAGCGACAACUCGCCGCGAACACACGCUCACCAUCCGCCAAGCCUUGGUCAAGCACCGCACCGCCGUUCUCUGGGCCAUUCUCUUCUGUCUGCCCAAUGUGAUCAUCGGCUAUGAACCCACUAUUGUGGGAACUCUCGUAGGCGUGCCAGCCUUUCGCAAGAAAUUCGGAUAUGAGCAUCCAGUCGGCUCGGGGACAUACAUUCUCGCUCCAUCGUGGAUCUCCGCCUUUGCCUACGCCCCUGCCAUUGGAUACAUGCUCUCGGCUCUAUGGAGUGGUUGGUGUGUGGAUCGCUUCGGACCCAGGAAGACACUGAUUGUGGCCAUGACACUCUCGUUUGCCACUCUCUUGCUCGAGGUGCUGGGGAACAGUGCGGCCACCAUCUUCGUUGGGGAUCUGCUGACCGGCCUGCUUGUGGGCGGUUGCCCGGUUCUCGGCCCUGCAUACAUCUCGGAGAUCCUGCCGGUGUGUUUGCGUGGAAUUGGUCUCUCCUGCAAUAACCUGUCUCAAGUGCUGGGCUCGCUGAUUGGCAUUGUGGUUCUGCGAGGAACAGAGAGCCGGAGUGACAAGUGGGCGUAUAAGAUCCCAUUCAUUACGGAAUAUGCAUUUCCCCUGAUCUUCGUCGUGGGUGCGUAUCUGGCGCCGGAGACGCCAUGGUCUCUCGCGAAACGAGGUCGAUUUGAAGAGGCAAAAAGGUCUCUCCAGCGGACGGGCUACCAGGACGAAGUGGAGGAUACCCUGGCUCAUAUCAAGGAAACAAUCACUCUGGAGUCCGAAUUAUCAGCGAGCACCUCGUAUGCGGACUGCUUUCGAGGCACGAAUCUUCGACGUACUGCAAUCUGUGCCAUUGCAUAUAGUGGUCAAUUCUUUUGCGGCAUCAAUCUGGCGGCAUCUUAUUGCACAUACUUCUUCCAACUGGCCGGCCUCUCCACGGACCGAUCGUUUGAUCUCUCCUGUGGUCUGUUCGCUCUCGGCGUGGUCGGCAACAUCCUCUCCUGGCCAUUAAUGACGAUAUGGGGCCGAAGAGAUGGCUAUAUCUGGACAUGCAGCCUCACCACGCUCCUGAUGUUCAUUGUGGGCUUUCUCGGUCUGGCCUCAGACUCCAACAAAGGCGCCAUGUACGGCAAAGCAGUCGGGCUGCUCCUGUUCAACUUUGUCUACAACAUUGGCCUGGGCCCCAUUGUCUAUGUUCUCAUUGCCGAGCUUCCGAGCACGAGAAUCCGCGGAAAAACGCUGGGCAUCGCAUGUUUCGUACCCCAUGCCUUUUAUAUUUCGAUCACCGCCGGCCUGCCGUACGCCAUGGAUCCCGCCAAAGCUGGCUGGGGCGCGAAAGUCGGAUUUCUGUUUGGUGGUCUCAGUACCUUGGUCGUUCUCUGGGCAUUCUUCUAUCUUCCCGAGAGCAAAGAUCGAACUUUUGAGGAGCUCGAUGUGCUCUUUGAGCGCAAAGUCUCUGCUAGGAACUUCGCUCGGACCGAUCUGACAGACUUUGAUCGCACUGAAGUCAUGAAUGGCACCGUGGUGGUUGAGGAGUCUGUUGUGGAGAUGAAGCACUCUGAGAAGUCUGCAGAAGCGUAA